AUGGAAGCUGUUUCUUCCAAGACCAAGACCGGCACGCUCUCCGUGAUGACGUGGGCCAAGAAGGGAGUCGAAGCUGCACGCGACGCGAUGGACGCGGCGGCCAACGCGCAUUACUCGGGCGCUCCAGCUGCCCCGCGCACCGCGCAGGACGGCGACCGCGGCGCACCGCGCGCGCCGAGUGACGCGUGCAUGGACGCGCGUGCGGCGGACGCCGAGCCCCCGGCGCCGGCGAGCGCGCCGCACGACGCUGCGGCGGAGGAGGAUCCCCGCGUCGCCGCGGCGCAGAGUGACGCCGCGGGUGCCGGCGCGCAGCAGGACGCCCCGCAAGCAGGCGGCGACGCAGGCGGGUGGGGGCUCGCCGAGGCAGCCGACCCGGCGCCGCAGCCGCCGUCCGACGCCGGCGCCGGGGCCUCCGCGGCCGACGCCGCCGGCUCGGACGCCCCUGAGUCAGCCUCGAUGGCCGAGUCGGACCCGCUGGCGGAGUCAGGCACCAUCUCCGAGAGCGCGCUGGUGCGGGGCGCAGGGGCGCAGCGCGGCGCCGAGGACGGCGAACCACCGGAGGCCCAGCGUGGCGACGCGGCGCCGGCGGCCGCGGGCAGCGAGGCCCUGGACGGUCUCGCGGCGCGCCUGCGUGACGCGGAGGAGCAGAUCGCGGCCCGCGACGCCGCGGCGGACGUCCUGCGCGAGGAGAUGGCUGCGCUGCGCGGGGACGCGGAGCAGGCCGCGGAUCUCCGGCUGCGCUGCUCGCAUCUCGAGGGGAGGGUGGCGGAAUUGGAGGCGCAGCUGCAGCAGCACCGCAGCGUGUCGCAGGGGUCCGGGGACCGCGCGUCGGAGAGCCAGAAGGCCGCGGCGGCGCUGCUGGCGCGCGACGCCGCGCUGGAGGAGCUGAAUCAGGCGCUGGCGACGGUGGGGGUGUUGCAGGAGAGGGUGGGGGAGUUGGAGGGGGGAUUAGCCGGGGCGGAGGAGGCGCUCGCGUUGGAGAAGUCGCGGGCGGCGGCGGCGCGCGCGGGCGCGCUCGCGGACCUGGAGCGCGCGGUGGGCGGCGGCGGUGACCGGCGGAAGUGGCCGGCGUUCCUGUCGCGGCUGGUGCAGCGAUGCGAGGGGCAGGCGGCGGCGGCGGCGGCCGCCGCCGCGCGCGCCGAGGCCGGCGCUGUGGCGGGGAGGGCGGCGGAGAGGGUCGCGGAGCUCGAGGCGCAGGUGGCGGCGCUGGAGGCGGCGGGGCAGGCUGCGUCGGCGGCCAAGGCGGACGCUGACGCGCGCAUCGAGCAUUUGACGCGGGAGAUGAGGGGACGGGAGGACGCAUUGCUGGCGGAGCUCGCGGAGGCGCGACACGGCGCGGAGAGCGCGGCGCAGGAGGCCGUACGCGACGCGCUCGCCGGCCGGGACGACGCCGCUCGCGAGCUCGAUGAGGCCCGUCGGCAGGUCGACACGUGGCGCGAGCGCGCGUCGGAGCUUUCGCGCGAAGUGGCGGCCCUGCGGCACCAGGUGUCGCAGGCCACGGCACGGCACGAGGACGACGUCCGCGCGCUGCAGGAAGAGCGCCAGCUGCACCGCCGGCAGAGCUCCGCGCGGCAGCUGAGCGUGCAGCCCGAGAUCACCCCGGCGCCCCGCGCGAGCGACGUGGCCGCUCAGAGCGAGCUGCGCGCGCUGCGCAGAGCGCUGGAGGAGGCCGAGCGCACCGUUGCGCUGCAGGAGCGCGCGGCGGCGGUCCUGAAGGAGGAGGUCGCGGAGCUGCGCGCGAGCCAGGGCCCCGGGGGGGGUAUUGAUGUGGCGUACCUGAAGCGCGUGCUAGUGCAGGGGUUCGUGUCGCACCAGCUGCCGCCGACGUCGCCGCUGCUGCCGGUGCUCGCGCAGCUGCUGCGGUUCUCCUCGGCGGACCAGCACCGCAUCGAGCAGGCGGCGCAGCAGCACGCGGCGGACGCGGGGGCGGGGUGGUAUGCCCCCGGGGGGACAAAAGGGGGGAGUGGGUGGCUUGGGGGGCUGUUUGGGGGCGCGUCGGGGCCGAGGCCUUCCUCGUCGAAGCCCCAGCCGGAAAAGGGCGAAUCCGACCUCGCAGCGAAGCUCGCGGCGAUGGCAGAGAUGCUGGACGGUGGGGACGCGCCAGACUUCGACACCGUGGCGGACGAGCUGGACCGGCGGUUUGAGCCGGUUGAGGCCACAGAGGCCCCGGCGCGCCCGCUCGCGCGGUCCGCGACGUCGUCCCGGCGGUCCAUGUUGUCUGCGGGGCCGUCCUUCACCCGGAACGACGUCCAGGCCGCGAAAUACGCGUUUCUGUCGUCCGACAAGGGCGUCCUUGCUCACGAAUACGACAAGAAGUUCUCAGAGACGGGCGUGGUGCCCCCACUGCGCCCGGGCCUCGUCGUCGUUCAGAGAGGGACCAACCAGCGGCUCUCGCAGUCCGGGAUCGGCCGUUUGGCCGGCACGACGUCCGCGCGGCUCCUCAACCUCGAGUCCAUUGACGCAGCGAGCCGCGCGGCGACGCCGGCGCAGGGAGACCGCGACAUGAGCCGCCCCGGCACCUCUGCCGGCGUUGGAAAGCUCUACCGCAGCCGCACGGCCGUCUCCGAGCGCGUGCUCUUCACGAAGACGAUGCGGAUGAAGUGA